AUGCAUUUGUACUACCUUCCGCUCGAACUCGUCGCCCGAGUCGCGAGCGAGCUCGUCGAGCUCGACAUGGGCGACCUCGUCUCCUUCGCCUGUUCGAGCCGCUUCUGCCUUCGAGCCGCCGUCGCAGAGGUCCAUACGCUCAUCUUACGCAAUGAGCAUGACGUCUACGAGCUCAUGACACCCGCAGCCAAGUUUCUGCGCGAAGGCGUCAUCGACUGCACCAUCGAGUUUGCAGACAGCGAAUGGGACACCGGCCGGGACUCGCCCGCCGUGAAGUCACUGGCAAGCCGCCUUCUUCCGAACUGCAAGAUGCUCCAGAUCUGCGACCUACGACCCUGGUACCCCGAGGCGGAUGAGGAGCACCCGAAGCCAUGCUUCAUCCCCGGCCAGAAUACGACCGAGCUGACUAUCGUCACGCGCGGGGCGGUCACCUCGACUGCGCCGAUCAUGGACAUCUUUGUCAAGGCCAACAAGCUUCCCAACCUCACUUCGCUCUGCAUCGAACACCCGGACGGCCUUCAAGCGGCAGAAAUCGACAUCAUUGCUUCGGUCUGCCCCGCUCUCGAGCGUGCAGCAAUCGUAGUUGACCGCGCAGAUCCCUUCCCUGACCCUUGUCUCCCGCCCUUCCCCAAACUCGUCGAGCUCAAGUUAUGGAACAUCCUGCCGUUCCUCCAGGAGGACGCCUUCAAAGUGCUCGACUGGGCUUCUUGCGACGCACCAUCUCUUCGCUCCAUCUCCGUCAAUCGUACGAACUACGGGCCGGUUUUCGACGAGAUCCUCUGGGUCUUGCAGGAACGCUUGAAGACCAUUGGCAUCGAGCUCUCUGUGUUUGAGCCGGACGCCUGGUUCAGGGAGCCAUCUUUGGAACCUGAAUUGUCGGGUUAG